CCAAUGUUUAUUUUUUUUAUUAUUAUCGUUGAAAUGAGUCAACGAGUAUGGUUAAGAAGACAUGAUAUUGGCCAAAUGACAUCUAAAAAGAUUGCAGUUAGAUGUUGUUUGACUUUUCAAUAUAUGUUUUAAAUGCACUUUUCAAACUUUGAUUAUCCAAAUUGAAUGAUUGUUUUGUUGUUUAUGAAUACAAAAUACACUGAAAGGUCAAAACAGUGUUAAUGUUAAUAACCGAUGGAGACAAUUACAAUACAGUUUCGUUGGCUAGUAAAUUGCCGUUUAGCUGAAAACGGUGACUCGUGCUAGUCAUGAGGGUGUGAGAAUAUCGUUUUCGGCCUAACCAGUAAAGUUCUACCAUAGUUUGUAACAUAGCCAUAAUGUAAGUUAAGUAAUUGAUUAGCCACCAUAAACUUGCCCGAGAUGGAGUUCGUCCGAAUCUUCCUUCAUUGGAUAUUUUUUCCUGGAUGCAUGAUGUGGAUAAAACUGAUAUUAAUGCUAGCCUGUAUUGAUGGAAUAGAAGAUGUAGAACAACAACAAGUGUUUCAGAGAUCUGAACUUCCUAAACAGUAUAUACUACAAAAUAAACUAAAGUUUAAAGUCUUACAACAACCGUCGAUUUGUUCUUAUAGAAACUUGACGUCGUGUCAUACUGAUUCGCAUUUACAUGAAGCUUAUUAUGAACAAUGCUAUAGUGACGCAUGUCCAAAAGAAAAGUAUUUUUGUUUAAAUAAUCCUAGUGGAAAUACAAUACACUUAUGUGGACAGGCUUACACUUGGAAGAAACGUUCCAGAAAUAUAGCGGUUUUUGACACAGUUGUAUCCAACUAUGUUGAUGUGUAUAAAAUUGACUGUCCACUUGGCUAUUUCCAGUCCAAUAGAAGGAACGCUUUCACUAAAUGUGUGAAAGACGAGUCGUUAGUUAUAGUUCAAAAUGCCACAAAUCAGAGGCGUGCUUUAGGACGAUGUAAUUUGAAAAAGAAGUAUUGCAGUACUAAAGGAGUAAUAUUAUUUGAGUUGGGAUCAGAUAAAGAUGCCUGUUUGGAUGCGAAGUACGAUCUGAAUAUCACCUGUAGUGAAACAGCAGAGUUAAUGCCAAAUUGUAAUUGCGCACCAAAAUGUCGGGCUUUUGAAGAAAGGGAGUGGAGUGGAAGCUUUAUGUGCAGAACUAUUGGUGAAAAUGCGACAGAUCCUGAAGAUACAACGCAAGAUCGUGAACGUGUUACUCAGGUCACUGAAUCUUAUGAACCGUCUAGUGGACAAACUGUUCAUCAAGCCAAUAACGAGGUUGACAUCGGCAUCAAAGGCCUGGAUAAAGACCUUUCUGCUGUAGACAACAAAAUACAAAAUACAGACAACUAUGAAAGCAAUCACUUACUAAUGACUAUUGGACUGGUUACAAUAAUUAUUGCGGUUAUACUAGUUUCAGCCGUUGUAGUUGGGAUUUUUGUCUCAGUAUUUGUUGUGAAACAUCGUCACAUUGAUGGAGGAUUUGCAAAUUACAGCACUGUUUCCCAAGGAGAUAGUGUAGACGAUCAGUCAGUACAAUCGGCUGUAGAAGAUGCAGGAAAUACAAAUAAAGAUACUAAAAAAUCAGGUCAAGUAAACAAAAUCAGUAGUACCAAAAUUAAGAAGACAACAUAUCAUGUGCAUACGAAUAACGCUACCCUCAACUUUAAUCAAGAACAUCAAGGAACACGAAAUUUAGAAAUACAGAAUGCAUCUGAAUCCAUAGAUAUAGAAGCUUGUUUAGAGAACGUACCUGAAAACAAACCUUCCCUAUUACCACCACAAAUGCAAAAUCUGAAGGUCCUGGAACUCGAAACGUCUCAGCCUGACAGUGGAAUACACACAACAGAUCAAACAUAUGAAAAAACACAGCAGUGAUAUGAUCCAUAAACAUCUUUGCGUAGAUGAGAGUAUCAAGGAGAAUUUGUUAUGGACUUAAUAAUAAUUGUUGCGUAUAACUGCUGAAGAGACGAUGUUUUAUAAGAAAUAAUUGAAUAUAGCUGUCAUUGAGACUAGCCAACGGGGCAUUUAACUACCGAAAAGUGUGCCAAUUAUUAAAAUUCACCCCCUUGGUUUGAUGAAUACAGCUGUAAAUAGUACAUAGUACUAGUAUUUGUCUAUACUUCAAGAUAUCUACACAAGUUAAUAGGCAAUUCUUUUCUCACACCAAUGAAACAUCUGAGAACCUUUCUACUGUUCCAUUCCGAAAAUUGUUCAGUUGUAUAAAAGACAUUUUGCUUGUUGAUUUUUUGCUUCCACGAUACGAAUUCACAGUAUAAGACAUUUAGUCGUCAUCAGCAUCUACUUUCGUGUAAUUUGGAAUUCACAUUCAAGCUCGUUUACGAAACAGUCUAAAUAAAUUAGAACUAAAAUACUGAUAUUCCAACUUCGCAACGGCUAUCUCGUAUAGUUGGAAAUUUGUGUGUUUAUUGUAUUGUUUCUCAGUGUGAUAUAAACAUUUUCCAAUGAACGUUGUGUUAUUAAGAAUGAGCUACUUCAAAAAGUUUAUUGAUGUAGGCUAAGUUAUUUGUCUGUAAUAUUGUAAGGUGCUACAUAUAUGAAAUAUUAGAAAUCAAUGAGUAGGACAUUAAUGAAACAUUGAUUCUGUUUUGGGCUGCAUUUGAUUUUGAAUACAAGUACGCAUAUGGGCAAGAAUUGUAGUAAAACAAAUAAGUCCAGUUGUUCUGAAGCCGUACAUAAUUUACUACUGUAAUACAAGGGAGACAAAUCGAUGAAAUAAACAAGGUGUUCACUUUAAAAUUAUCUGGUAUGAGUUCUUCUUCUUUAAAUAUUUUUAUUUCAUAAUAUGACAACUGCACCAGUCCAAACAUAAAAUACCAUUAUAAGUAAUACUGUU